AUGCACAACCCCGAUACUAGCCUAUUGGACGAAAGUCUUAAAUCUGUCACUGUUGCUGGCGAAAGCGACAUUAGUUUAUCAUCAUCAUCUUUGCCUGCCGAUAACUCUGGCGAUUGUGCGCUCAGUUAUAAAUCUUGCGCAGCCAUAUCGCCAGGUGACAGCUUGAUCCACCGCACCCUCGAUAUAGACGAUCAUGAUGAUAGCAUCAUGAGUUCCAACGAUAUGUCGGGUGAAAUCAUCACAGACGCAUCUGGUAAUGGUGUGACGGCGCGUGUGCCUUAUUUCGAGAGAUUAGAAAACUUAGGACUCAAAGCGGAAGGAACCCUCUACCGGCUCUCCGAACUACUGCCUGAUCAAAAGGCUAUUUUCACCAUUUACAAUCAAUACGAACAUGUUAACUACCUGGGAGACCGUGUCGCUUACAGCUCAUUUCAAUUAGUUGGUAGGUGCAAUGGCGGCGAUUGGGUUGUUUGCAAAAUUUAUAUUACGCCGGUGCAUAUUUUGCAGUCUACGGGAUCCACUUAUGAUGACGAACCACGAUGGAUGUUAUGUGAGGGUGUAACCGAUCAGUUUAGUCACGCAUACGUGACCAACGAAAAGUUUAACAACCCGCCAGGUGAAUAUCAACGUUGGACCAAGAUAGUUCAAGCGUUCAUACAUUAUGUUUACGACCUCAGCAACAGCAACACUGUCAUCACCAGUCUUGAAUGUGACAAACAUGGGAGCAGCCCUCCUUACCACAGUCGCCACAUUGCCGGAGUGGCAGAAAUGGUCCAACAAGCUUUCAUCCGCUUUCCUGAUGAACAUGUUUGCAACGAGCUAUUGAUCACCAUCAGUAUGCUCCGUUAUUUAUUUAAUUUAUUUGGUUACUAUCUUUAUGUACUUCCGCAUGAAAUCUCAUCAUUGUAUAUUACUCAUCUGGUUAACAUAUUGUUCAAGUUACAAUAA